UGUCAAAUGAAAGAGAAACAGUCCCAUUUGGAUUUCUUUCCUUUCUCAAUCCAUGAUCGUUGCAGUCAGUGCCAGCCCACUGUGUCGCCUCACAGCAAGACAGCACCAAUUCCAGUUCCUACUCAGAUAAGGAAUUAUCAGCGCAUAGAGCAGAAUCUUACAUCUCCUGCCAGCUCUGGCACAAAUCUACAUGGUUCUCCAAGAUCUGCAGUGGUACGAAGGUCCAACACCAGCCCACUGGGCUUCCUCCGGCUGGGAUCCUGCUCCCCAGCACCCACAGACACAGUGCAGACAGUCGGAUGAAGACUCUCCACUGGGUCUUCCAGGCCUUACUCACCUUCCCCUUUGGUUGGGACCAUUCUGGAGCAGCUGAGUCAGUGCUGCUGUGGGCAUCCUCAGGGUCACGAAUCCAGGAGUAGAAACUCCUCAGGUUCCCCAGUGCCACCGGUUCCGUCACCACAGUCUCUCCUGUCGGGCGCUAGGCUGCAGAGCGCCCCGACCCUCACCGACAUCUACCAGAACAAGCAGAAACUCAGAAAGCAGCACUCGGACCCCGUGUGCCCGUCCCACGCCGGGGCUGGGUACAGCUAUUCACCUCAGCCCAGUCGGCCCGGCAGCCUCGGAACCUCUCCCACCAAGCACACGGGGUCCUCUCCUCGCAGUUCAGACUGGUUCUUUAAAACUCCUUUACCAACCAUCAUUGGCUCUCCUACUAAGACCACAGCUCCUUUCAAAAUACCUAAAAUGCAAGCGUCUUCCAACCAGCUAGCCAUGGUGACUCGCCAAGGGCCCUCUGAAGGGCAGACUAAAGAUGGGAGCGAGCCACGGGAGUGCCCUCAUUGUCUCCUAGCUCAAGGGGGCGAGAGGCAGAAGCCUGAGCAGCAGAACAAAGCGGUGUUUGGCAGAUCUGUCCGUGCUGGGAAAUUAUCAGACCAACAAGCGAAGAUACCUUUAGGUGGACACCAGGGCAGCAUGGACAGUUUAAAUACAGAACGACCAAUGGAUACAGCCCCUGCAGGAGCUUGUGGUGGUAGACUGGAACCUCCUAUAGGAACAGCAGCAAGUUCCAGAGCUGUCUUGUUCACUGUAGGAUCUCCUCCACACAGUGCCACGGCCCCCACUUGUACCCAUAUGGUCCUUCGAACAAGAACAACCUCAGGUGAAGAAUUGUCUUAUUAUCAUUUUGGCUUGUGCUUGGAGUGCAGUGUUCUGUCAAUGACUUGA